UCGAAUGAAUGAAUGCUUUUUCAGCUUUCUUUUUUAAUUUUUUUGGGAAAUUACUUGUCGCGUACGCCUCAUUAACCACUGAACUUGACAAAACAACAAGAUCUGUGAAGCACCUUGACCGUGGCUUGCGCCCAGACUGUGUUGCCCAAUCGUAGACCUUCACGAAUCGAGUUAAGGUCUAAAGUGCAGAAGUGCUUGUCCCCGCGGUUCCAUUGGGCAAUGGUAGAGGACCGGCGCGGGCGCAGCUGACGGCACAGCCAGGACCACCGCUGAAAUGGACGUACGCCUUCUCCUGCUGUUCAGCCUCCUCACUGGCGCUGACUUCCAAGAGACAGUGGAGGCGGAAUGUUGCUCCAACGAUGUCGAUGGCACGCAGCAGGACACCGCCGACCAGACUACAGAGGUGGCAGAGUUCCAAGACCUGCUGGAACUAGAAGCAGCAUGCCCCGAGCUGAGCGGUCAGAUCAUCGGCGGCAGGCCUAGCUCGGUCACCAGACACCCAUACCAGGUGUCCAUGGUGCUCAAUGGGAACUCUUUCUGUGGAGGGUUCAUCAUCAGCCCGAGCUAUGUCCUGACUGCGGCGCACUGUGUUCAGAACGUAUCCCCGAACGCGAUCCGCUUGCGCGUGGGCAGCACACGACGCGACUCGGGCGGGCGUAUCGUGCGCGUGGCCAACGUCACCGUGCACCCGCGGUACGGACAGCCGCAGUAUGACAACGACAUUGCUGUGCUAGGGCUGGCCCGGCCUCUGGUCUUCAACGAUGCCAUCAGAUCCAUCCGGCUGCCCCAGCCGAGACAGGCCGUGCCGCUGGCGAGAAUGACGGUCACUGGCUGGGGUCUCACUGCGGGUUGGUCCACCGUGCACCCACGGUACGGACACUCACAGUAUGACAACGACAUCGCUGUAUUAGGCCUGGCCCGGCCGCUGGUCUUCAACGAUGCCAUCAGAUCAAUCCGGCUGCCUCAGGCGAGACAAGCCGUGCCGCUGGCGAGGAUGACGGUCACGGGCUGGGGACUUACUGCGGGUUGGUCCACGAUGCACCCGCGUUACGGACAGCCGCAGUAUGACAACGACAUCGCUGUGCUAGGCCUGGCCCGGCCGCUGGUCUUUAACGAUGCCAUCAGAUCCAUCCGGCUGCCCCAGCCGAGACAAGCCGUGCCGCUGGCGAGGAUGACGGUCACGGGCUGGGGCCUCACUGCGGGUUGGUCCACGAUGCACCCGCGUUACGGACAACCGCAGUAUGACAACGACAUCGCUGUCUUAGGCCUGGCCCGGCCACUGGUCUUCAACGAUGCCAUCAGAUCAAUCCGGCUGCCUCAGCCGAGACAGGCCGUGCCGCUGGCGAGGAUGACGGUCACGGGCUGGGGCCUCACUGCGUAUGACAACGACAUCGCUGUCUUAGGAUUGGCCCGGCCGCUGGUCUUCAACGAUGCCAUCAGAUCCAUCCGGCUGCCCCAGCCGAGACAGGCCGUGCCGCUGGCGAGAAUGACGGUCACUGGCUGGGGUCUCACUGCGCCGCGCGGACGACGCAUCCCGCGCAUCAUGAUGGAGGCACGGGUGCCGGUGGUGCCGCACUGGCUGUGCCAGCUGUCUUACGGCGACGCGCUCACCACCAACAUGUUCUGCGGAGGACACUUCCUCAUAGGCGGCGUGUCUUCUUGCCAGGGUGACUCUGGAGGGCCAGCAGUAUUCAGAGGGACGGCUUACGGGGUGGUUUCUUUCGCCAGAGGGUGUGCCUUACCUCUCUCGCCUACCGUCUUCUCCAACGUCGCAGCUUUGAGGGACUGGGUCACACAGACCACGGGAGUUUGACCUACUUUGGAUAGCGAUAAUCUAAAUAAAGACUUUGAAAAUGAAUACUCCUAUUACAGUAUUAUUUAGUUUUAGGUAUUUUUGUAAAGUGUUUUUGUAACGAAUUAAAUGUGUAUAGAAUUUUGAA